AAUAUAUAUACACAACAGAAAAGUUAUUAUGGCUGGGAAUAAACGUAAAGGGCGUACUCGCAUCAAAUUGGAUGCUAAGAAGAUUGCGUUAGCAAAGCAGUUAAUUUUGCGUGAAGCGACCACAACAGUGAUUGCUAACGAACUAAAUAUUUCUCGUACAUUUGCUUGGCGAUUACGAAAAAGUCUUGUGAAUGGUGUAAGCCUUCAUGAACGCGUCAUUGACCCAAAUGUAGAGGAUGCCACAGAAAUACUUCAAAUAAACAACGAACAAAAAAUGCAGAUUCCAGAAUUUCAUCAAACUGAAAUUGAUAUUAAAACAGAAAACAAUGAAAGUGAUAAUGAAGAAUCUGAGGAACAUGAAGACCAAGAAGAUCGUGAAGAACAUGAAGAUCGCGAAGAUCGUGAAGUUGAUGACGAUGAUGAGGAGGAUAUUGCAGAGAGUGUUUCCAAUCAAAGUUUUAAUCAAAGAAAUGAGAAAUAUCAUCAACAAAACAAAGAGUAUAUCAAAGAUAAAGGUAAAGACGAUCCUGAUGAGAGUGAAGAUAACAGUGAAAUUGAGUCUGAUGAAGAAGAGAUUAAAAUCAAAGACAAGGUUAAUAAUUCCCAUUUGCAAUUAGAACAACAAAAACAGCAACAACAGAAACAACACCGAAUCAUACAAAAUAUGCCCGCAAAUUUAAAAAUUGAAAAUAUGUCUGAGAACCAGAAAGAGAUAUCCCAUGGGAUUGAGGAGAAUGUUGUCAUAUCGCCAUUAGCAGCGGCAAACCAGUUUCCGUCUACUGUCACUGCUGUCAUACAUCAACUUCCCGUAAAUCUCUCAAUUCGGCCCAUUUCAACAAUGCAAAAUAAUGAAAUAGUAACUGAGAAAUGUAAUUUCUCAAAAAAACCGCGCAAGCCGAACGUGUUUGUUGACGAUGAAAAAUAUGCUAUGGCUAAGACGCUUGUAGCUCAAAACGCUUCCACAAUGGAAAUCGCUCGCGCGUUGAAUGUGUCUCAAAUGACAGCAUGGAAAGUGCGAGAUGCUAUUGUUAAAGGAGUGCCACUGUCUUAUCGAAAUAAAAAAGAAAUUCGCGAAGUAGCACAACACGAAACCAUUGAAGAGUCUACUGAUAAAGGUGCACAAAGACAUUUUGAUAAAAACCAACAACAACAGCAACAAAUUGAACAACAACAACAUCUGUUAUUGCAACAUGAAGAGCAAAUUAAACAGCAACAACUACACUUGCUGCAUCAAAAAUUAGAGCAACAAAAGCAUCAGCAAUUGCAGCAACUUCAGAAACAGCAACAACUACAACAACAGCUUCAGCAACAAAAUCACUUACCGCAAAAAAUACAUCUACCAGAGCAACAACAAUCCUUAACAAACGCAGCAUCUAAAGUUGUUCAUCCUCGUAGACGUCUGAAAGCAGCUGAGCGUGAAGUGCGAGACAAAGAAAUUACACGCGAAAUUUUAGAUUUAAUAAAAGAAGAUAGUAAUAUUCAAUAUUGGAAGGUUUCAGCACGCUUAGCAGAAAAAGGAUUCGCCAUAUCACCGUCAUCGGUGUGUCAGAAAUUGAAGUCGAUGGGAAUACAUCGGCGCUGGAAACCUGGUGACAAGCCACCAACUUUAGAUAUUGAACAAUUGAAAUCUGCAAAUACUAAUUCUUCUUCAGCCGAUGAAGGAUACGAAGCUCAAUUAGAUUUGAGUGGCGCAAAUUUUUUAAAUGCCUUCACGCGUUGAAAAACAACGAUUUAUUUCAAAAAUAAAAAAACUGUGUUCGAUAUAACACUGAAAAUCCAGUGCAAAUUAGUGCUUCAACAUGUUCGACCGUCGAACUGCUCGAGUUCGAGAAUACUCGAAUUCAAACAUUUGGAUUCAACACUUCAAAUGUUCGAAAAUAUUUGUGCUCGAACAGCAAAUCUGUUUUAUCUUUCAUCUUUUUUUUUUGUUCCGUUUAAUACACGUACCCAUAACAACAACUGCUCGAACACCUUAUUAUGUUCACACAUGUUUGAUGGUUCGCUAUAGUCGACCCAAAAGCCCGAGUACAAAUAUACUUGAUCAUUAAAAUGUUUCAAGCUUCGAUUAACUCGAAAAAUAUCUGAAGCAUUAGUAUAAAUAUUUAGAACUAAAUAAUUGAAGUAUUUUGCUAAGAUGAAGCACAAAUUUAAAAGCGAAUAUUAUAAAUAUUUUAAGAUAAUUUUAAA